CACCGCGCCGCUCGGAGGUCAAGAUGGCGGCGAGGGCAUCAGUUGCAGGAGGUGGUCGCCUGUUAGACAGGAUUCGCAAGUGGUAUUAUAAUGCAGCUGGAUUCAACAAACUUGGAUUAAUGCGAGAUGAUACAUUGUAUGAAGAUGAUGAUGUAAAAGAAGCACUGAAGAGACUUCCAGAACAUCUUUACAAUGAAAGAAUAUUUCGCAUAAAGAGAGCGCUUGACUUAAGCCUGAAACAUCAGAUCCUUCCAAAAGACCAAUGGGUGAAGUAUGAAGAGGAUAAGCAUUAUCUUGAACCGUACCUAAAAGAAGUAAUACGUGAAAGACUUGAGAGAGAAGCAUGGAACAAGAAAUAACUAUUGAACUACUUCAUGCAAAUACCCAUAUAUUUCUGAUAUUUUUAAACAUUUGGUUAUAGACGUCUACAGGGAGGCAAAUGUGAGGCUGAGAAAUACUGUUUCAGCUUGUUCACUCAAUCUGUUCAUCCAACUAAAAUAAACAUGUCAAAGUAUAAAA